AAAAAAAAGAUAGCGAACCAAGUACAUGAAUUACCGGGCUUAGAGGAUCGAGGGGAUAGCACGACAAGAUGGCGCGAAAAGCUGUGGACUCGCGCAUUCCCACUCUCAUCCGAAAUAACCUUGCCGAGCAUAAACGAAGCUUCUUCAUCGUAGUCGGAGAUCAACUGAAAGAUGCGAUCGUUAAGCUACACUUCGUCAUGUCCAGCAUGGACUUGCGCCAAAAUAAAUCCGUGCUCUGGGCCUAUAAGAACAAGCUCCUUGGCUUUACGAGUCAUCGGAAGAAGCGAGAAGCCAAGAUCAAGAAAGAGAUAAAACGUGGAAUUAGGGAAGCGAAUUCCGAGGAUCCGUUCGAGCUAUUCGUUUCGCUGCACGAUGUUAGAUAUGUCUACUAUAAGGAAACCGACAAAAUCCUGGGUAGGACGUUCGGCAUGUGCAUUCUACAAGAUUUCGAAGCCCUUACUCCGAAUACGUUAGCCCGUACCAUCGAAACCGUCGAAGGAGGAGGUUUAGUAGUACUUCUACUGAAAGGAAUGGAUAGUUUGAGACAACUUUAUACUCUUUCCAUGGACGUACAUUCGCGAUAUCGAACCGAAGCCCAUCACGACGUUGUUGCGAGAUUCAACGAACGUUUCCUGCUCUCCCUUGGCCGGUGCGAAUCUUGUCUCGUCAUUGACGAUGAAUUGAACGUCCUACCUAUAUCUGGAGGCAGAGGGGUGAAGCCUCUACCGCCCGUGGAGGAGUCGAAGUCUGCCGAGCAAAUAGAACUGGAAAAAAUGAAGGACUCGCUUCGAGAUACACAGCCGAUAGGAUCCCUGGUUCAGCUUGCGCGGACUAAGGACCAGGCGAAUGCAUUGGUCACGUUCGUUGAUGCAAUUGCUGCAAAGACGUUACGAAAUACCGUCUCGUUGACAGCAGCCCGUGGUCGUGGUAAAUCAGCAGCAUUGGGUGUUGCUAUCGCGGCUGCCGUGUCUUACGGUUACAGUAAUAUCUUUGUCACAUCACCCUCUCCAGAAAACUUGGGUACUCUGUUCGAAUUCGUAUUCAAAGCAUUUGACGCCUUGAAUUAUCAAGAUCACACAGAUUAUUCAAUCAUUCAAUCAACAAACCCAGACUUCAAAAAGGCGAUCGUUCGAGUCAACAUAUUCCGCAACCACCGGCAGACCAUACAGUAUAUACGACCACAAGAUGCCCAUGUACUCGGCCAAGCGGAGCUUGUCAUUAUCGACGAAGCGGCGGCAAUCCCAUUACCAUUAGUGCGAAAGCUUCUAGGGCCUUAUACGGUCUUCAUGGCUUCAACAAUAAGUGGUUAUGAAGGCACUGGACGUUCGUUAUCAUUAAAAUUGAUAAAGCAAUUGAAAGAACAGGCUGCUACUACUGUGGCUCAGGAGGGCGAAACCCGAAGCCCGAGGUCUUUGAAAGAAGUUACGCUUGCUGAGCCGAUACGUUACGCGAGAGGAGAUGCAGUUGAGAAGUGGCUAAACUCACUUCUUUGCUUGGAUGUGAUCCCUUCAAAACCUAAGAAUAACGUAUUCCCAGAUCCCUCUCAAUGUCAACUUCUCCACGUCAAUCGCGACACUCUCUUCUCUUUCCACCCGGUACCGGAAAGAUUUCUACGACAAAUGGUGGCCCUUUUCGUGACUAGUCACUAUAAAAAUACGCCAGAUGACAUUCAACUAAUGAGUGAUGCUCCAGCACAUGAGCUCUUUGUUCUAACUUCUUCAGCCAUUCAAGAAAAUGGUCUUCCCGAACCCUUGUGUGUUAUUCAAAUAACACUCGAAGGUAAUAUUAGUAAGCAGAGUGUGAUGGCAAGUUUGGACAGAGGACAACGGCCCGCCGGUGAUUUAAUUCCGUGGCUGGUUAGUCAGCAAUUCCAAGACGAUUUUGCUUCUCUUUCUGGAGCUCGUGUGGUUCGAAUAGCUACUCAUCCCGACUGUGUUUCAAUGGGAUACGGUUCGAAGGCACUUGAACUUCUGAUUAACUACUACGAGGGCAAAUUCAUUAAUUUAGGAGAAGAUAGCGAUCUUGCAGACAAGGGGGCCACCAGCAAGGCCGCAGAUGUUGCACAAGGCGAGAGCGGUGGUCUUCUUAACGAGGAUAUCAAGAUUCGAGAUAUCGACAAGAUGCAACCUUUAUUCUCUAGGCUAGCGGAACGUAAGCCGGAGGGUCUUGAGUAUGUUGGUGUGAGCUACGGUUUAACCCAACCUCUUCACAAGUUCUGGUCGCGCGCCCAAUUUAUACCAGUGUACUUAAGACAAACGGCCAACGAUUUAACUGGCGAGCACACAUGCGUUAUGCUUAGACCCCUUAAGGACGACCGGGAAUGGCUCGGUGCUUUUGCCUCUGAUUUCCACCGACGUUUCCUAGCUUUGCUCUCCUACAAAUUCCGCGACUUCCCAUGUGUCCUCGCGUUAAGCAUAGACCAAUCUGCAACGACGGGGGCCCAGUUAGAUCCGUCAAACCAGCUUCCUGAAUUGACCAAAUCGCAAUUGGAUAGAACCCUAACACCCUUUGACUGCAAGAGACUAGAGUCAUACGUUAGAGGUGUAUUAGAUCAUCACGCUAUUCUUGAUCUUGUGCCCAAACUAGCAGAUCUCUACUUCACAGGUCCCCUCAAGCCCAGCAUCAAGCUCACAGGUGUACAGCGAGCUCUACUCUUAGGAAUUGGUUUACAACGAAAAGAUAUAGGCGCGAUAUGCACGGAGUUGUCCUUGGAAUCAUCGCAAGGUCUAGCUAUGUUCAUGAAGAUCAUACGGAAGAUUACAGCGCAUUUCUCAUCAUUAAUAUCGUCAGCCGUCGAGGCCGACAUGCCUAAAUCGGAUGCGAUCGGUGUUAGUCGAGAAAAUGCUUCCGGAAUUCACGAAGACGAGGUGGUGGAUGAUAAGUUCGCCCCUCUAGCAAUGAGCCUGGAUGCAGAGUUAGACGAGGCCGGAGAUGAAGCAUUACAAGAAUUGAGGGCAAAACAAAGAGAGCUCAUUGACUCUCUCCCUCUCGACCAAUAUGAAAUUGAAGGCGAUGCACCUGGGUGGGAAGAAGCAGAGAAGCAGGUUUUGAAAGCCACCAAAAAGGGACAGACAAAUCCAGUCGUCAGCGUAAAGGCGAAGCAAACUAAGAGGAAAGCUGGAAUGACAGCGGCGGAGGUCUACGACGAAGCAUUCGGAGAAAAGAAGCAUAAGAAAUCUAAAAAGUCGAAAAGGAGUUCAGAUGACUAAGCUAUGAGACAGCUAUUGGUGGUGUAAAACAUUCAGAAGUUGACGAGUCCAAGACGGCAGACUCGUGCGUAUAUAUCGACGUCGGGGAAUGAUACCAUGUUUUAUCUUAUUAACGAAGUCAUUCACGAUUAUUGAGAACCCAAGGUUCUCUGAACAAAACUUCAAUAUUUCAAACGGAAUCAUUGCGUCGACAACUCAGCACAUGACAAACCGCUCCUUUUUUAUAAUGCUGACUAAUCAUACAAUCUUGGGGUCACCUCGAGCCAGUCGUUAUAAAACGCCAGUACAAAAAAACUACGACUUUAAAUAUGCCAUUAAUUAUAAAACAUAGUAAGGCACAAAUCUCAAGAAAAUUGACACGCUAGCAACAAGAUUUAAAACACAUUCCAUUGCACGAUUAUCUACGGCGUAGCUUCCAGGUCAUGCUACCCCGUCACACUAAGUAGAACCUCAGCCAAUCAGAGGCAUUAUCCUAGAC